CAACAAUCAUUGUGGUAUGUAUCGCCAUUUUUAGGUACAUCGACGCGUUUCAUAUUCAAUUGAAUUCAACUUAUAUUGGGUUGACAUGCUGAAAACGAACUGCCUCGGCUCUUGGCUAGGCCUUGUGGUUGCGGCUUCGGUGCUUUGGCCAGCGACCCUCAUCAACGGCUAUGACAAAGAAAUGACUGUGUAUGUGGAUGCCGGCAAAAAAGAGUGCCUGUACCACAACGUCAAGGUGGGUGAGAUAAUCGAUUUCGAAUACCAGGUAAUAGAUGGUGGUCACGGUGAUCUGGAUAUCAGCUUUGCGCUCCUCGAUCCCAUCGGCCUGGUCAUCGUGAGCGACUACAAGAAGCCGGAGAAUAUGCACCAGCACGAGGUGCAAAAGGAGGGCGACUACCGAUUCUGCUUCGAUAAUAGCUUCAGCAUGUUUAAUCGCAAAACUGUCUUCUUCGAGUUGAUAGUGGAGCGCGAAGGCGAUCAAAAUCAUGGCGACGACCAAUGGAAGGACGAGUUAACGGGCCUAACGCCCGACGAGUAUUACGAGAUGAAGGUGCAGGACAUCAUGGAUUUCAUUGGCCGCAUACGCAUGCAACUGACCAAGGCACGCCAGCUGCAGGAUGUGCUGCGCUCACAUGAGGCGCGCGAUCGCAAUCUGGCCGAGGCCAACUUCCAAAAGGUGAACAACUGGUCCCUGGUGCAGAUCAGUGCCAUGAUCGGCGUUGGACUCAUCCAGGUGUUUAUGCUGCGCAGCAUAUUCGAGACGCAUGGCCGGAUGCAUCAGCUGUGGCGCAAAUUGGGCAUUUGAUGAGGUUAAUCGUCGAUCCACUCUAGCGUUUACCAAAGAAGUUGUUUGCAUUUAAUCAUUUACCACGUAGAGGAUGCAAAUUGUUAAUUAUUAGUCACAAACUCUUUAUCAACAACAUAGUUACUAGCAUUAAUUAGGUUCUGAGUGUGUCUGCGUGUGUGUGUGUGUCUGAGUGUGCAGGUGUGUGUGUGUGCAUUUAUUAUACAAAAGCAAUUGUAAUAUAAGUUAAGCCAUUGGGAUCGGGCGAGCGAUCUUUAAUAAAUAAAGCGUUGAUGUAGAGGAAAAAUAA